AGUCAUAUCCUAUUGCAUCACUCUCCUUUAAACACAGUCAGAGAAAAACAGCAACUCUUGUCUGAAAAACUAGAGAGAGCGACAGAGAGAGAAAAUGGAUCAUGGUAGGUUAAUGGAUGAUCAAAUGAUGCUAGGCUCUCAAGUGUACCCCUACACGACCCAGACCCAAAAUUCAAACUGCAUCAUCGUCAACCAGAUCGAUGGAUCGUCAUCAGGCGAAGGAUCAAAACCGGUGAAGCGGAGGCGGAAGAGGAGGAGCAAAGGUUCAUCAACUACCAACGAAGAAGACGUGGCAGAGAUCGGAGGGAUGUUGAGGAAGAGGAAGUUGACCGAUGAGCAAGUGAAUAUGCUCGAAUAUAGCUUCGGGAACGAGCACAAGCUAGAGUCAGGGAGGAAGGAGAAGAUCGCCGGAGAGUUAGGUCUUGACCCGAGACAGGUGGCUGUUUGGUUCCAGAACCGCCGUGCACGGUGGAAGAACAAGAAACUCGAGGAAGAGUACUCCAAACUCAAGAACCACCACGACACCGUCGUCCUCGGCCAAUGUCAACUCGAGUCUCAGAUAUUGAAACUAAAAGAACAAUUGAGUGAAGCUCAAAGUGAAAUUCGAAAACUCUCGGAACGACUUGAAGAAAUGCCAACCAACAGUUCAAGUUCAUCGCUUUCUGUUGAAGCCAACGAUGCACCGACUGAUUUCGAGCUUGCCCCGGAAACUAAUUAUAACAUCCCAUUCUAUAUGUUAGAUAAUAAUUAUUUACAAAACAUGGAGUAUUGGGAUGGUUUAUGUAUGUACUAGAUUUUAUCAACUAGAUAUUUGGUGUUUUAUUGAUGCAAAUCAUGUUAUUAUAAGUAAUGUAGAAAUAGGUGUUGGUGAAACGGUUGUAAAUGUGUCGUUUUCACUAUUUAUUUUAAUAUAUUACGUUGUUUAUC